CGGUGAUCCCUCCGCCGCAUACGGUGGUUCAGUUUCCAUGGCGAACUCCAAAAACCCGCUUCCGAUUCUCUUCAAGAACAGCUCGUGGACCGCAGACAUCCACCGCGACAUAGAAUGGGAGAAAAUGAAGCUCAAACAAAGACGAAGGAACUUGCACCGCCGCAGCAUGAGUGCGGAUGCUGCGUCGGAGUUUGAUGUCACUGAUGAUGAUAUCAACGAGCUUCGAGCUUGCUUUGAGCUCGGGUUUGGGUUGGAUCCGGCAAUUGAAUUGGAUCCGAAGCUUAAACGGGCUUUUCCUGCACUUGAAUUGUACGUUGCUGUUAAUCGCCAGUUUAACGGUAGAGAUCUUUCGAGGUCGUCAUCGAUUGAUUCUGAUUGUUCAUCGAGCUCUGGCGUGUCUUCGCGCCUCAUUGUUGAUCCAAGUGAUAAUCCGAAAAUGGUGAAGAUGAGAUUAAAGAGAUGGGCACAGGUGGUUGCUUGUUCGGUUCAUGAAGCUUUCACACAACCAACAAUUGAAUUUGCAGAAUGAAUGUGUGUGAAGAAUGUGUUUGUAUGUGUGAACUUUGAAGGGUGUGUUUGUGUAUGGUUGUGAGAAAGGAAGAAUCAUCCUUUUCUUUAUUUAAUGAAGAGUGUGUUUGUGUGUGUGUUUUCUAUGGUUGUGAGAAAGGAAGAAUCAUCCUUAGAUUCUGUAUUUUAAUGUAAUUAUAUUGUUAU